CUCAUAUGUGUACCACAUGUACAGUCCAUCUUGCAAUGAAACGCCCGCCACUUACCACGACGACUUAUAUACCUCCGUUUGGUCGUAUCACUUUGCGUCCUCGUACGAACGAGGCAUCCUUCUAUCGUUGUGGCAGUCUAUUGCAUUCAGUGUGACUGGUCUGAACCCACUCCAUUCCUCACUUCAACACCACAAUCCAAGUCCAACAUGACCACAGACGUCAUGGAAAAGUCGUCUACCCGCGUGGCCGACUCGCUCUCUGUUUCUGCACUGGGCGAAGAUGUCACGUCCACUCGGCCUCUUGAGCCGAUUACACGAAAAGUUGACUACCACAUCGUGCCGCUGAUGCUGCUGUGCUACUUUCUCCAAUUUCUCGACAAGGUCCUCAUCAACUACGCCAACAUCAUGGGUCUUUCUGCAUCAAUCGGCAUCCACGGCAACGACUUUCCUUGGAUGGCCACGGCCUUCUUCAUCGGCUACGCCAUCGCCGAGUUUCCCCAGGGCUACCUCAUCCAGAAAUUCCCCGUGAGCAAAGUCCUCGGCGUCAACGUCGUCCUGUGGGGCGUCACCAUCUGCUGCACGGCCGCGGCGCAGAACUUCCCGGGCAUCACCGCAAUCAGGGUCCUGUUGGGCAUGUUUGAGGCCGUCAUCACGCCGGCCUUGAUCAUGAUCACGUCGCAGUGGUACACCAGGCGGCAGGCGACCCCGAGGACGGGUAUCUGGUACUGCGGCCUCGGGAUGGGACAGGCCAUCGGUGGCUUGAUCUCCUUCGCUGCACAGCAUGGCAGCGCGACAAGCAACUUCGAAGGAUGGCGGAUUAUGUUCUUGGCUGUGGGGGUGUUUAACCUCCUUGUCGGUGCGGUAGUCACCUUCUGGAUGCCCUCUGGCAUUCAGGAGGCCAAAUUCCUGACAGAGGAGGAAAAGGUCGUGCUCCAAAACGCCCUGGCAAAGGACCAAGGAGGCAACGGCAAGAAGGUCUUCCAAAUGGCCGGCCUCCGAGAAGCAUUCAUGGACCUGCAGGUGUGGCUUCUCUUCCUCAACACCAUCCUCAUCGUGAUCCCCUCGGGCAUCAUCACGACCUUUUCUGCUACGCUCAUCCGCGGCUUUGGAUACACCACCAAGCAAGCUGCCUUGCUAAACAUGCCUUCGGGCGUUGUAUCAGUAAUGGCCACCUUAAUGGGCACAUUUGCCAUCUUGUAUGACUUCCCGCGUUGGCUAGGUAUCUGCAUCCUGAUGGUGCCUACUCUCAUCGGAGCCGGGCUCAUGUCAUUCUACAACACGAGUCAGGCUGGCUCUCUGGCGGGAAUCUAUCUCAUCAACUUCGACGUCGCGCCUCUUGCCCUCAUCUACGCGCUUGUGGGUGCAAACACGCAGGGCUACACGAAGAAGGUCACGACCAACGCCAUCAUCGCGAUUGGCUUCUCUAUUGCCAACAUCAUCGGACCACAGACCUUCCAGGCCAAAGACGCGCCAGAUUACAUCCCCGCCAAGAUUACAGUGUUUGGCGUCUGUGGUGGGUCUAUCCUGGUCAGCAUUGCCACAAGAAUCUUGUAUGGAGUGAGGAAUAGGGGGAAGACGGCAGUGCGACUUAUCGCCUCCAUUCUCCCUCCUUCUUUGGUGGCUGUCACAGGCGCCAACGGCUUUAUCGCGCAACAUUGUAUUGCUACCUUGCUCUCUCAAGGCUACAAAGUCGUCGGGACCGUUCGUUCCCAAUCCAAGGUCCAGCAAGUCGUGGAUACCCACGCCCAGAACUCGGAUCUUUCCGUCGUCGUCGUCGAGGAUAUCACCUCGCCAGACUCUUACCUCUCUGCCUUGCAGCCAAGUUCCCCUGUUGCCAUUUUUCACCUCGCCGCACCAUUCCACUACAACACCGCGAAUUUUGAGCAGGACCUCAUUAUCCCCGCCGUAAAGGGUUCGACUGCCAUUCUGGAGGCUGCGAAGCUACUCGGGGGUGUUAAACGCAUCGUACACACCAAUUCUUUCGUGUGUAUCUACGAUGCUGAAAAAGGCCCCCAGCCUGGGAAAAUCUACACCGCAAAAGAUUGGUCACCUUUGACGUAUGAGGACGGAGUAAAUGCACCGAAUGCGCCAACGGCAUACCGAGCUAGCAAGGCGGUCGGUGAGCGCGCCGCAUGGAAGUGGAUGGACGAGAACAUGGAGGUUGGUUUUGAUCUAGUGAGCCUCAACCCAGGCAUGGUCUUUGGAGCAUUCCUCCCUGGUGCACUGCCAGCUUCUACUGCACAACUCAAUACGUCCAAUGAUAUUGUCUGGAGAGUAGUUUCCGCGGGGCGAGACAACGAGGUCCCGCCUACAAGGGCUCCAGUAUGGGUGAGCGUCAAGGAUACGGCCCUUGCACACGUAAUGGCCCUCCAGGUUCCCGAAGCUUCCGGUGAGAGGUAUCUCCUUGCAGCGGGAGUCUACUGCAAUCAGGAAAUCGCAGAUGUGGCACGAAAGGUGGCGGACAAGUACGGACAUAGGAUCCCAAUUGGUGUUCCGGGAACAAGGGAGUCACAUCAACAUUUCGGCGUGGAUGCCAGCGUCACCGAGAAAGUACUUGGUAUUAGGUGGCAAGGACUAUCGGAUAUGCUGGCAGAGUUGAUGCCGCAGCUAUUUGAGAUUGAGGGAAAAAACCAGCAGGGCUAUGAAUUAGGCAAGGUCGUUUAA